AUGCAGUCAAAACUGCCUGCUUUCUCCGCGAAGGAGUAUCUGGAUGAUGGAAAAAUUCAUAUCAUUCUUGCAGCAUCCGGUUCUGUUGCAUCCAUAAAGCUUCCAAAUAUUGCGGAGGCCUUGUCUCGUCACAAAAAUGUUUCUAUUCGGAUCGUCGUUACUCAAAGCGCAAAUAACUUUCUGCAAGAUCAAAGCGAGGAGCAGCCGGCCCUGGAUACCUUGAGCCAGCUUGAUGGAGUCGACGGGGUAUAUAGAGAUGCGGAUGAGUGGAGGACACCAUGGACUCGCGGCGCAUCAAUUUUACACAUUGAACUGCGCAAAUGGGCGCAUGUCUUGUUAGUUGCACCAUUGUCAGCCAACACAAUGGCAAAAAUGACUGCGGGCAUCGCAGACAAUCUCCUCCUAUCAGUGAUCAGAGCUUGGGACACCACCGGGUUGGUUGAUGGAGAUUUCAAGGCCCAGAAGCCACUGAUAUUCGUGGCGCCAGCUAUGAAUACCGCAAUGUAUAGACAGCCCAUAACCAAAAAGACUUUGCUCAUUCUAGAAGAAGAAUGGGGCUGGAGCGAGUCCAAUCCCGAAGGCUGGGUGGUGGUUCUCCACGCAAUCGAGAGGUCUCUUGCUUGCGGGGACGUUGGAAGUGGUGGGAUGAUGCUCUGGACAGAUAUCGUUCAGGCCAUUGAAAGGCACCUGGGUCUUUUAAAGACUGAGUCUUGA